GUUACGACGCAUAGUCACCGUAACUAACGUCGUUGUCAGAUAGAUACAAACUACAGAAAUGUUACAAAUGGCAAGUCUUUCUGAGCAGACAAACACCUUUACAUGUUUAAAUUAUGUACCCGGAAAUGGAUAUUUUUGGACGAAACAAUCAUUUUAUAGUGCAGAAGCUACAUACGGAAGACAGAAAUUCAAUAUAAACAAAGCUUCCCCUGUCUACAUAUCACCAUUCUUCUAUCCGAAUUCUACAUUCACACAUCCAAAUUCUACUUACUAUCAUCCCAAUUCAACAUAUUACAAUACAAAUUCUGCAUACAACAAUACAAAUACUGCAUACACACAUCCGACAAAUGAAAACACAAGUGCAAAAGAAAGAACUCCAUCACCAAUAAUUCAAGAAGAAACACCAGAAGAAAAAGAAAACCGGGAAUACAUAGAAUAUAUGAAGAAGAACCCAUAUGUGGAGGAGGAAUAUGUGCCAGAUCGUUUAGCUUUUUUUAUGCGCUUGAGAGAUGAAAUUGGAGACGAUAUAAUUGACCCUGAUCAAUCAUUUGUUAUUUCUGCUUUUGAUUAUCACUGAUUCAUAUUUUAAUUGUUUGUUUCUUUUUCUAAUCAUUUUAAAUUAUUGCUUUUGUUUUCUAAAUAAAUUUCUUGACUUCUUAA